AUGGACGCUGCAAACGACGCUCACAACGCUCAGCUGCCCUCGUUUGUCGAGCUCAUGGCCUCGCUCGGUCUCCAGGACGAGCAUUCCGCCCAUGCGCUCCUCCGAGGCGCCUCUCUCACAGAAUCAAGCGAUUUCAACACUGAAAAACGCACAGACUUGGCUGGAAACGACGAGCAGAGCGUGUACCGGUCCAUGUCCAACAGUUCAACGCACUCGCUGCACGAACUUCCGACUCCGACUCUUGAAGAGGCUCAUCAUGCACAAUCCUUGGGCACUCCCUUGUCCUCCAAUUCCCUCGUCACCCCGCUCUCGUCGCCCCCCGUCCAACGCGACCAUCACCGCAAUAGCCAUGGGAAGACAAACCGGUACUCACCCUAUGGGCUCUCAGCCCCAGUCGAGGAUCGUGAUAUCUACACGCGAAGAGGCUCCGUGCCCGGCACGACAACAGACUUUCAGGAGCUCGUACAUGACAAACGUCAACUCCAUCAUAUGUCUGCCCCUCUUCAAGUCAAACCGCAUCGUUUCAGCCAACCAGACGCCGCAAAGCCGCACGAGAGACGGCGCACGGAUGAGGACGGCGACGAGAUGAUGGACGACGCAGAUAACGAUCGAAAUGUCCUUCCAACACAUCUCCCUCUUGCACGACCAGCUCAACCCCAGAGUCACUGUGCCGGCCAACCCAAUCUCCUCAUCUCUCGCAAUGUGCGUGGCGGACUCGGACAACGUACCAAAUCGCAAACGCACCUACGUACGACGAGUACAGGCUUCAGCGCCAGCACAAUCGCCAAUGUUCCGCCGAUCCCUUCCUCCGACAGGACGACGCUCACCCAAGGUCGGAAAAAUGUCUCGCCCUAUUCUUCAGUGGGUCGUCGUGCGGGACGUGCCAUUAGCACCGGUAGCAACCACAAUCUGAGCGCAACGGGCAGUUUUGUCGAUGUUGCAUCUGCGUUUGACGGAGAUGUCGAUGUCAGCAACUCGGGCACAGUCGUCUCCAUCUCCUCGCUGGCCCGACGCUCCCAACCUCCCGUUGCCAUUUCCACAGUCGGAGGGGAUAUUGGUUCCGUACCACACUCGCCUACGACGACAACCAACAACAAUGCGCCGGCUCAGCCGUUUCCUCCUCCACGCACCACCAGUCUCAAGGCCCCACCUUCUGCGCCUCCCACCAAGACUGUCUUUGGGUUUGGUCCUGGUGUGAACAUCAGUGGUGCAUCUGUCAAUUCAGGCAUACGUCGUGCUCGACAUGCCCGAUCCAACUCUGCGCGCAGUGUGCGCGACAUGAUUCGGGAGAGGGAACAAGCUACCACCGAAGCAGCAAACAACCCGGCUCCUUUGGCCAAGCCCCUCGAGCCUGCAACGACCAACAUUGCAAGCAGUUUCCUCCCUCUGGACGAUGCCUCUCGCUCGUUUUCGCAACGACGGCGCAACGCCAAACGGCAUGCCAACCGCAGUAGCCCGCCACCUCCGUUGAUGCUCCUCCCGACGCUCCCGCUCAACUUUAGCAUCAAGACGAUUGUCGGAACGCACGCAUCGAGUGGAGAUGAGCGAAGUACGAGCGAGGAUCGUCUGAGUGCGCCAGACAAUGGCUACGUCUCACGACGAGAACCGCAUUCGCCCGACGCGCGCUCGUCGUGGCGGACGAGGCGGACAACGCCGCCUUCUGGUGCGCAUACACCGACCUCUAUGCGAUGUGGUGUUCCCCUGGGGGUGACGCCUCCGCUCCCAGUGACCGAGUCGUGA